CAUGCGACAGUACUGUAUGUGUAGUACAUACAGAGACUAGUGCUCUGAAGCGCAAACUUGAAAAUGCAUCAUUUUAACUGAAUUACAGAACCUCUUCAGUAUUUAACUGAUAUCGUUACCUAGCCACAAUGUUUAGGCAAACAACGGGUUUGUUAAAGAAACUUAGACAUUUAAGUUUUGUAGGUCAGAAACCAUGGAGGUUCAACAGUAGUUCUGCCAAAGAAAGAGCAUUGCUGUACAAAGCUGGAGAGAAAAUCCAUGGGUUCACAGUGAAGCAGGUGACUGAUGUUCCUGACCUGUUUCUUACUGCUGUAAAACUGACCCAUGAUAACACUGGAGCCCGGUAUCUGCAUGUUGCAAGAGAUGAUUCCAACAAUCUGUUCAGUGUGCAGUUCAGGACCACUCCAAUGGACAGUACUGGAGUGCCUCAUAUUCUAGAGCACACAGUACUUUGUGGCUCCGAGAAGUAUCCCUGUAGGGACCCCUUCUUCAAAAUGCUGAACAGAUCUCUCUCUACCUUUAUGAAUGCAUUUACAGCCAGUGAUUACACAAUGUAUCCAUUUUCUACACAAAAUGGCAAGGAUUUUCAAAACCUUCUGUCUGUGUAUCUGGAUGCUGUCUUUUUCCCUUGUCUCCGAGAACUAGAUUUUUGGCAGGAAGGUUGGAGGCUAGAACAUGAAAAUCCCACAGAUCCAAAUGCACCUUUAGUGUUCAAAGGAGUGGUCUUUAAUGAAAUGAAGGGAGCAUUUACCGAUAAUGAGAGACUAUAUGCACAACACCUCCAAAAUAAACUGUAUCCUGACCACACUUACUCAGUGGUGUCAGGUGGGGAGCCUCUUGACAUCCCAGAGCUCUCCUGGGAACAGCUGAAACAGUUCCAUGCCACACACUACCAUCCCAGCAAUGCCAGGUUCUUUACCUACGGGGAUCUACCUCUAGAGCAACACUUGAAGCAAAUCCAGGAAGAAGCUCUGUCCAGAUUUCAGCGUACAGAACCACAAACAGCUGUCCCAUCGCAGACGCAUUGGAGCAACCCUAGGGAGCACCAUGUGGCCUGUGGGCCAGAUUCACUGGCUCCUGAUCCUUCCAAACAGAAUACCGUCUGUGUCAGUUACCUGCUUGGAGAUAUUACAGAUACCUUUGAAGCCUUCACAUUAAAUAUUUUGUCUUCCCUGAUGGUUUCUGGACCCAACUCCCCAUUUUACAAAGCCCUGAUUGAGGCCAAGAUUGGAACAGACUUCUCUUCUGUUGUUGGUUUUGAUGGCAGCACUAAAGAGGCCUCCUUCAGUGUGGGCUUGCAGGGGAUUGCAGAAAAAGACAUUGAAACAGUUAAAGAAAUAAUCUUCCAAACUGUUAAUGAAAUUAUUGCCAAUGGAUUUGAGGAGGAAAGAAUAGAAGCACUUCUUCACAAGAUUGAAAUCGAGAUGAAGCAUCAGAGCACCAGUUUUGGUCUUUCCUUGGCCUCUUAUAUUGCUACUUGCUGGAACCAUGAUGGGGACCCAGUGGAGGUUUUAAAGAUCAGUGACAAAGUGACCAGGUUCAGGCAAUGCCUUCAGGAUAAUCCACACUUUCUUCAAGAGAAGGUCAAACUGUACUUCAAGGAUAACCCUCAUCGGCUGACCUUGUCAAUGAGUCCAGAGGAGUCUUACUUUGAGAAGCAAGCUAAGGCAGAGGAAGAAAAGCUCAAACAAAAAGUCAGUGCCUUGUCUGAAGAGGACAGAAAGCUAAUCUACGAAAAAGGUUUACAGUUGAUGGCUGCUCAAAGUACAACCCAAGACGCCUCUUGUCUGCCCGCACUGAAAGUGUCUGAUAUUCAGCCAACUAUUCCCUUUACACCUGUGGAAAUGGGAAAUGCAGGUGAGGUCCCAGUACAGUACUGUGCCCAGCCCACCAAUGGCAUGGUUUAUUUCAGGGCAAUGUGCAGCCUGAACACACUUCCCGAGGAGCUCAAAGUAUACGUUCCACUUUUCUGCAAUGUCAUAACCAAGGCCUGUUUUGAUGACGAGGAGCGGCUGCGAGUUCUGGUUAUGAUGUCAGCUCAGGAACUCGCCAAUGGGAUUCCAGAUUCCGGACACACGUAUGCAAUGAUUCGAGCUUCCAGGAACCUCACUCCAGCAGGAGACUUACAAGAAACAUUUGAUGGCAUGGACCAAAGUUCUGUUUAUUUGGACAGAUGUGCUGUUAAUGCCUCCCCUCAGAUGAUGUCAGAAGCAUCCUUGGAAGUGGAGAAGUUAAUGAAUUUAAUUGCUAGGAAGAAAAAAGAAAGAAAACAUGUUCGACCCAACAUUGUUGAGAAACCACUGGAUUCACUGGUUGGAAGCAGUUUUAGUCCAGGGUCAGGUCCUAGCAGGAAACUCAUUUCUGACCCAACUUUUAAACCCUGCCAGAUGAAAACAUAUUUUCAGCUUCCUUUCCCUGUGAAUUAUGUGAGCGAAUGUAUUCGUGCUGUUCCUUUUGCAGACCAGGAUUAUGCCAGUCUUCAAAUACUUGCACGACUGAUGACAGCAAAGUUCCUACAUGGGGAAAUCCGAGAGAAAGGGGGUGCUUAUGGAGGAGGAGCAAGGAUGGGUCAGGGUGGAUUAUUUGCUUUCUACUCUUACAGGGACCCAAACUCUAUAGCAACACUGACUGCCUUCAGGAAGGGGGUAGAGUGGGCCAAAGCUGGGAAAUUCACACAGCAGGACAUUGAUGAAGCCAAACUGUCAGUGUUUUCAGCUGUUGAUGCACCUAUAGCUCCUUCCAACAAAGGCCUCAGCCAAUUCCUGUAUGGCAUCCCUGAUGAAAUGAAGCAGAAACACAGAGAGCAACUUUUUGCAGUCGCUCACAAGAGCCUGGUUGAAGUGGCAAACAAGUAUCUGGGAAUUGGACAGAGGACGUGUGGAUUAGCAAUUCUAGGGCCACCAAAUGAAAGCAUUAACAAGAAUCCUUCCUGGGUUGUCCGAUAAUUAAAAGAAGAUCUGCUGCUGCUGUGUUUGAUACUCAAAAUUUAACCAGAAAACAAAUUUGCCGUUGC